AUGGUCGGCACCACAACAUACGCCCUCCACCGCAACCCGUAUUACGUCACCGCGCCCGACGAAUACCGCCCCGACCGAUGGAUCAUAAAUGCAGAGACCGGUGUGGACGAGGAAAGCAUCUGGAUCGCCAAACAGGCGUUCAUCCCCUUUAGCGUUAGGGCCCGAUCGUGCGUCGGGUGGAAACUCGCCUGGACCGAGUUGAACGUGACAAUCGCCCGCAGGCUGUUCCGCUAUGACAUACGAUUGGCGCCUGAUGGGCGCUGCUGCGGUGGUAUACACGACCAUUGCAAUUUCCGAUUGCAGGGUUAUAUCACGUCAGCGGUCGAAGGGCCCUUUGUGCGGUGCCGACCUCGCUAG